AUGCACUCCACAAUCUAUACUGGAUUGCUCUGUACUCUGGCCGCGCCUGCAAUGGGCGUGGUCUGGGAAAGUCUAUCUGGAGGUGUUCCUAGUAGUUGGUCGCUUAUCGACACUCCCUCUGACUCGACUAUGUCGUUAGCCAUUUCGUUAACUCGCAAGAACAUCGACCAGCUGCAAUCCACCUUGACGAAAGUCUCAACUCCCGGUGAGUCGGAGUAUGGCCAAUGGCUGGAGAAGGCCGAUGUGGACUCCCAGUUCCCUGUGGUGUCCGAGACUCCAGUUGUGAACUGGUUGAAGAGCGCAAACAUUACAUCCUACACCCUCGAUGGUGCUUUGCUCAAGUUCAGUGGUAGCGUUAAGUCGAUGAACAGCCUUCUUAACACUACCUUCGCCAACUAUGAGAGCGAGGGAUCGGUGAAGCUCCGCACUACCGAGUAUUCGAUCCCCAGUGCUCUAAGCGAUUAUAUCGAUAUCAUCUCUCCCACUGUUUACUUUGGCAAGACCCGCAAGGCUCUUCCUAUGCCUCGCGAGUCAAACAACCUUGAGGCUCGCACAACUGUCUCUGCUUCAUGCGAGGAUUACAUUACUCCUGCGUGCCUCAGAGAGAUGUACAACGUGGGUGACUACACCCCUAAGGUUUCGGCCGGUAGUGUUGUUGGUUUCGGCAGCUUCUUGAACGAGACUGCCUCGCAAUCCGAUCUGGCUGAGUACCAGAAACUUUUCGACAUUCCUGCCCAGGCAUUUACCGUUGAACUUCUCAACGGUGGUACGAACGACCAGAAUUCUACCACUCGCGGCGAAGCCAACCUGGAUGUGCAGCUGAUCAGUGCCAUGUCUCACCCUCUGCCCAUCCAUGAAUUUAUUACCGGUGGUGUUGCUCCCUUCAUCCCUGAUGCCGAUGAGCCCACCGAGUCAGACGAUGAGAACGAGCCCUACCUGAUCUACUAUGAGUACCUGCUCUCUAAGAAGAACUCUGAGCUCCCUCAGGUGAUCUCGCAAUCGUAUGGUGAUGACGAGCAGACCGUUCCCGAGAAGUAUGCCAAGUCUGUCUGCAAUCUGAUCGGCUUGAACACUCUGCGUGGCCUGACCAUUAUCCACUCGUCCGGUGAUGAGGGUGUCGGCUCGGCCUGCCAGGCUGUUGAUGGAACCACUCCCCAGUUCAACCCCAUCUUCCCAGCAACUUGCCCCUACGUUACGGCCGUGGGUGGUACCUCGGCCGUGAGCCCAGAGGUCGCCUGGAACGCGUCAUCUGGCGGUUUCUCCAACUUCUUUGAGCGUGCUUGGUACCAGGAGUCUGCCGUCAAGACCUACCUCACUCACGUCACCAAGGAGACCAAGGAAUACUACUCCAAGUACGCCGACUUUGAGGGCCGUGGAUUCCCCGACGUGUCCGCUCACAGCUUGUACCCUUGGAUCGCCGUUGUUGUCGAAGGCGAGGAGUCCCUUUCUGGUGGUACUUCUGCUGCUGCGCCUACUUUCGCAGGCAUCAUUGGUCUUCUGAAUGAUGCCCGUCUGCGUGCCGGAAAGCCCGCUCUGGGCUUCCUGAACCCCUGGUUGUACGCGGAGGGCUACAAGGCACUGAACGAUAUUGUCGAGGGUAGCUCCUAUGGAUGCACUGGCACUGACCCUCAGAGUGACGAGGAAGUCUCGGGCGCACUCAUUAUCCCCGGCGCUCACUGGAAUGCCACCACGGGAUGGGACCCAGUGACUGGUCUGGGUACCCCCGACUUCCAGAAGUUGAAGGAGUUGGUUCUCUCUCUGUGA